CAGGUUCUGGCACAGGCAGGGCAGAGCAGCUGGCUGUGGGUUCUGGUGGCCUGUGCUGCAGUGACUUCUCCCCCUGGGUGAACAGCAGGGAAGAUGCUGAGAAGCUGGUGUUCACUUCUCUGAAAAGGGAAGCCAAAGAGCCAGGGUGGGUCACAGCUUCCUUUGCAGUAGGAGACUGACAGCUCUGUAGGAAGUGGCACGGAGGCACUUGUGGUUCCUGGAAUGGGACUGACUGUCAUAACCUAUGGAGAAAAGUUGCUGAGACUCCUCCAGCACUACCCUGUAUUUAUUUGUGGUGAGUAAGGGAGUAAAAGUGGUGGAGGGUAGGAUCUCUUCAGGCCUUCCAGGCAAGAGUCUAAAACUGGCUCUUUCACGAAGCUCCCCAGGAGAUGCAGCCAGAGGUGUGAGUUCAUUCUGUGGCACAGGUAGGUGCAAGAAAUUUUGAACCAACACUGACAGUAAUUCACAAAAAAAAGUCUAAUCACUAUAAACAGUUACAAACAGUUUGCAACAGUUUGCAACUUUGUCUUCUUUCAUGAUUUGCAUGAGUUUUUCUCCUAUGGGCUGGACCUCAGAUCUAGAAACAAGGAAGGUCACCUCUUUUCUGGACACUUCCUUUGGUGUACCUCGCUGGUCUGGAGGGUAUCUUCUCAGUCUCGUGCGACUCAAGAAAAAACAAAAACAAAACAACAAAAAAACCCACCCUACCCUAACAAAAUGCUUUCCCUGUGUAGCCACGAUGCCCUUUGCCCCCCGAGCCAGGGUGCAGUCCUGCUCCAGCGCCCUGGUUCCCUCGGGUGGCCCCGGGCAGGCACCGCUGCCCCCGGCCGGGCGGGACCCUCCGGGCCGGUGGGAAGCGCUGGUAUAACGUGGCAGCUCUGAGGCUAUCCCUGCUCUGAGAAAACCCGGAGGUUAUCCCGCAAGUUAAAUAGAUUGAGUCAUGAAAAAAAAAACCCCUCCCACAGCCUAGGACCACUAAAACCGCCGACUUUCAUGAGCACCUCUCACUAAGGCAGCUCGGAGCCGGCAGAGGCUGAGAGAGGAAGGAGGGGGUAGCGCGGGAGGAGGGAGCGAGCACCGGCACUGAUGGACGAGCCAAAGGUCACAGGUAUCAAACCAAAGAUGUCCUCAACAAGAACGAUUCUACUCAUCCUGGGAUUCCUCUCUACUUUGGCUGUAAUUGCUUUAAUUGCUGUAGCAGUGACCCAAAACCAGCCACUUCCGAAGAAUAUUAAGUAUGGGAUCGUGCUGGAUGCGGGGUCGUCCCACACCAACCUCUACGUGUAUGAGUGGCCAGCAGAGAAGGAGAAUGACACCGGGGUGGUGCAGCAGGUGGAGGUGUGUAAAGUUGAAGGCCCUGGGAUCUCAGGUUACUCCCAUGCCACAGAGAAGGCAGGUCCCUCUCUGGCACAGUGCCUACAACAAGCAAAGGAGGUGAUUCCCUCAGCACAGCACAAAGAGACACCCGUCUACCUCGGCGCCACUGCCGGCAUGCGGCUGCUCAGGUUGCAGAAUGAAAGUGCAGCUGACAAAGUCUUGUCCUCAGUAGGAAACACACUACGCUCAGCUCCCUUCAGCUUCCAGGGUGCCAGAAUCAUCACUGGUCAGGAAGAAGGAGCCUACGGAUGGAUCACCAUUAACUACCUUCUGGGCAAUUUCAAGCAGUCUGGCUGGAAAAAGCUUCUACACUCGCUGAGAUCCUUAAGUGAGACAUCAGGAGCACUAGACCUUGGAGGAGCCUCCACACAGAUUACCUUUGCAUCAGAGGACGUCUCUUAUGAGUCCCCAGAGAGCCAUCUCUACUUCCGUCUCUAUGGCAAGGAUUACCAAGUGUACACGCACAGCUUUCUCUGCUAUGGGAAGGACCAGGCUCUGCAACAGAAACUGGCCAGGGACCUACAGACCGUGGAGAACAGCAACCUCCCUGACCCAUGCUUUCACAAGGGCUAUGAGAGGACUAUAAAUAUUAGUGACUUCUUCAAAAACCCUUGCACAUCAGACAAGAAAAAGCAAUUACCUUUCAGCCAGCUGUACAUAAAGGGAGAGGGGAACUAUCAAAAGUGCCGAGAAAACAUCCAGAAACUCUUCAACAAAAGCAAUUGUCCUUACUCCAGUUGCUCCUUCAAUGGGAUAUACCUACCUCCAUUACAAGGGGACUUUGGGGCUUUUUCUGCUUUCUAUUUUGUGAUGAACUUUUUGAACCUGACCAGUGAACCAAACCCCCUUGCCCUGGACAAAGUGAUCAGCACCAUUGAGAGCUUCUGUGCCCGGCCUUGGCAAGAGGUGAAGACAGCAUAUCACCACAUCAAAGAAAAGUACCUGAGUGAAUACUGCUUCUCUGGGGCCUACAUCCUCUCUCUCCUGGAGAAUGGCUAUGAGUUCACUGAGAAUAACUGGCAAAUGAUCCACUUCCUUGGAAAGAUUGGCAGCAGUGAUGCAGGCUGGACCCUGGGCUACAUGCUCAACAUGACCAACAUGAUCCCUGCAGAGAAGCCACCCCAACCCCCUCUCUCCCAUGGCAGCUACGUGGGGCUGAUGGUGCUGUGCUCCCUUGUGCUGGUCUCUGUACUCCUGUUUGCCUGGCUUCUCUUCCACAAGCCCAAGUGCCUGCAGAAGGGGAUUGUUUAGGAAGAACCUGAAGGGGAGAGGAGCCAUGUCAUCCUGGCUGCUCAGGGCUAGGAGACCCCAGCAGAGCAGGCUGCACUGCAGAGUCCCUCUCACUGAAGCUACUGACUGUACAACAAGGGCAUUUGUUUCUUCUGAAUCACACUUGCACUGACAGAUGUGGGAACAUCAGGGUCGCCACCUUCUCUGCCAAGGACAGACAAGCUCGUGUCCCCUCCUUGAAUGAGUUGUACUUUCAUUCAACGAAACUUUGCUGCUUGUUGGUUUCUGCCUUGUGCACAGUAUUAUAAAGAGAAAAGUGGCAGCAAUCUUUGGGAGCCAGUGCUCCUGCAAGGGUUAUCUCAGGGUCACACAUCCCACUGAGCUCUUGGGAGCUGUCACACACAGGGUGAUCCUGCUGCUCCUCCACUGAAGCUGUUCCCAAGAGCCCUUUCUGCACCAGCACACCUCUGCCAACCUCCCUGAGCUCUCACAGCCCUGCACUGGGCACAGCUCAUGCACCUGGCUGGCCCCUGAAGGUGGGUCAGGCUCCCAAAUGCCACUCUGGGAAAAGAAGGGAUGAAGAUGAAGAAACUGAGUGUGCUUGUGGCUAUCAGCCCUAAGCUGGGCUCUCUCAGCUGUCAGCUCCUUUUGCAGGUGGCAAAAUGCCUUUUUCCCAUGUCUUCCUGAUGUUAUUGCUGGACCAAAGCUGGCUCACUGUUGCACUGAGCCAUUCCCAUGUCCCUAAGAUACAUCAAGGCACAAGUUCCCAGCCAAACAUUGCUGCUUUUUGUAGGAAGAGCUUGUAUUGGCCCAGGUUCCCUGGCCAGUAGGGAUUGUUUAUGCCUGCAGGGACUCUGGUGUGAUCAGUGUGCCCUCAGGUACAGACCCACUAAAGAAAUCCAGGGUCACUGUGCUGAUAACAUAGCAGCCUCCAAUCUGGGAAAAGUAUUUAUUAGUUAAUGUUCCUGUAGGCAGCUGGCAGCAGUUAACCAGCAUGAGUAUGGACAGAUUGAACCACUCUUUCCACCAGCAAAAUUAGUGAAGAAUUGCCUUUCCUUUCCUCAUAGCACAGGCUUAUCCUAUGGCCAUAAGACCCAGGGCUUGUGAGUGCACAUACUGCAGCCCAUCUUCUAGCACACAACCUGGACCAUGCCACUGGUUAAGUUUAUGAAUCACUUUCUUCCGUUUUUCCAUUUCUUAGUCCAAAAAAAAAAAAAAGAGGUAAGUCAGAAAUCCAUUUUUGUAAAAACACUCAGAAACCACUGGUGCCUGUCUACCUACCACAAAAUCUCAGAAAUC